AUGUCAGACACUUGUAUCGUCUGUUUAGGGGACUUGGGCACUGCUGGUGGCGAAGUUCCAGCUCCCCUCAUCAGUCCAGCCAAGUCUCCACCGACUGACAUCGACGCUGCGGCUCGCGUCACGAGCAGCGCCCAUAUCCCGGAUGCAGCCAACUCCACGACAUCGGCCACCAAAGACCCUGAUGAGUUGAUCGCACAUUUACGGCCCUGCGGACAUUAUCUUCACAAUGAAUGCCUCACACCAUGGGUGGAAAGGGCAAACAGCUGCCCCAUUUGCCGCGCCAGUUUCCAUCUCGUUGAGUUGAUGCACAAAAUCAAUGGCGACGUUGUAUCAUCUUAUCCCGUCGAAGACCGAACACAAGUGGCCGACCUAGACCCUUCCAUGUUCCUGGAGAUUCCCGAGGAGGAGGAUGAAGACCAACCAUGUCAAGCAUGUGGCGAAGAUGACAACGAAGACGUUCUCAUGUAUUGUGAUGGUUGUCAGAAACUGUGGCACACAUAUUGUGUCGGUUUACAGGAGGUGCCUUAUGGCCACUGGUUUUGUGACAACUGCAGGGUUCAGCGGGAACUGGACCCUCGCCAGGUUUCUCGAUCGAGUCGCCAAACCCGCAGACGAACUAGAGGGCAGCAACGUCGACAGCGAGGCCACGAGUCAAGCUGGAAUCAGGUUUGGCAGACCGUAUGGUCACGCAUCAACCUCGACCUCGACUUCCCAUAUGAAGACGACGAAUCAUCAGCCAGCUAUUUGAGACGCCAUCGCCAACGAAACCAAGCCAACCAACAGGCUCACGACGCUUGGCUACGCCGCAUGCAGGUUGCAGAACUUCACGGAGCCGCCAACCGCUUCAGAGACACCGAGCCAACCCUUCCCAGCAGCCCACGAGGUGAAGUGACACCCAGAAUUCGACGAGCAAGAGAAUCGCCGCAUCCAGUCGAAAGCGCCGAUGAACUUAUGGCAUGGCGUGCUUUCGACCAAGCACGAGCUUCAUCCAACGGACCCAGCACUACUCGCAAGCGGAAGCGAAAGUCCUCGACGUCUUCUCCAGCAGAACCUGAGAGUGAACCGUCUUCCGCGAACAAACGACGGCGACCUAGUGCAUCCGCUCGUGCCGUGUCCGAGAGUCACGCACCAACCGCGAUGAAUUCUCGACGUGGGCAGCCGACACGUGUUACUAGUCCAAUUCCGCGGAGGCAGCCUCUUAUGGACCCGACAGGCCCCAGUUUCCUUCAAUCGCUGUUACAAGAAGUCGAAGACUCGGGCUCUGGCAGUCAUAGCUUGAACCUUUCUCGGCCUUCACCUCGCCCUGCAGCAAGUCCCUCAGCAGACCAAGGUUCACCGCGACCGUCUUCCCCAGCUUUGUCUCCUCUGCCCUCAAAUCAUUCUUCGCCCCGGGCUCUGUCUGCGACCCCACCACCUCUGCUGGGAACCCUUAGGCCAUCUUCGCCAAGUGGCUUGUCGUCGAGCAUCCAGCCCAUCUAUCCAUCGAUUGAAUACCCACUCCCUCGACCGAAUCCGCCUGAAUCGAAAGAACGGAAUUUGAGUGCUGGUCGUUCUAACGGAACGCGAGUUCCGCCCGCUCCACCUCCGCUUCCCUCAACAUCUACAAUAAUAGCACAACCAAGACCCCGUAGUCGGAUACCCCGAAUCCUAGAGAAUAGCCAGAGCACCGCCGCACAAACUCGCUCGACUCCAGCUUCUCCGACAAGGAGGGGCAGGGGCUAUACUAACCGUCCACGCUCAAUCGAGGGCUCUCCAACAACGGCCGCGAUGUCCUUGACUGCGAAAGAGGACGUACAGAAGCUCGUGUCCUCUGCUCUCAAGCCACACUACCAUGAUCAAACUAUUACGAAGGACGAAUACACUUCGAUCAACCGCGACAUCUCGCGCAUGCUCUACGAUAAGAUCGGUGACUUCGAAGCACUGGAUGUGGACGACAGGUCGAAGUGGGAGAAGAUUGCUGGCGAUGAGGUGAAUAAGGCUGUCAAUUCUCUCAAGGCCCAGGGCUGA